AUGUCCGCGGUGUCGCCGACGCCGACGAAGCCGAAGAACGCGGCGCCGAACUACAAGCAGAGAGGAUACGAGCAGGGCGGCGCGCACAGGAUCGAGAUCAAGCGCGAGCCGAACCGCCACGACCUCCCCGCGAAGGCGUCCGUGUGCUGCUUCGGCGUGUCGUGGGACGACGCGUACGAGGCGCGUCAGUCAUCCAGCUAUACACUGUUCACCGCGCCCGUUUCGAAUAAAUGGUACAAAAGGCUCGCGCGCGCGUUCGGAUUCGGCGAGCGGUCGUACGAGGGCACGAUGUACGACAUCGUGGACGAGCUCCAGAUUUGCUCGCACAUCACGCAGCUGCAGGCGCAGCAGCUCUACGCGCUCGUCCGCGUCGCCAUGGGGUUGCAGUACAAGGCGCGUCUUCGUCUUCCGUCGUCGUCUUCGUCUCGUCGUCGAUCCAUCCGUCCGAUCGCGCCUGUCCCCGCGAUACCGACCGCGCUCGCGCGACGCGCGCCGUCUCUCGAGGACUCUCUUCGCCCGCGCGGCGUUCGUUCGUCUCUCUCCGCGCGCCCCUCGAUUUCGGUCUCGAUCCAUCCCGACGCGCGCGCCGCGACGCCUUUAAACUCCGCUUCUGACGCCUUUCGACUCCGCCCCGUCGUUCGGUUCGGUUCGUAUGGAAAAUUACCCUCAUCACAGGCGGAGAAGAGCAUGACGCAGCACAUCUUCUUGAUGACGCUGGCGGCGAUAUGCGGCGCCGUCGUCCCGGUCGUCGUCGGCGUGCAGACGACGCUGGAGGACAAGAGCGUCGCGAUGUACAUGUCCUACGCCGCCAUCGCGCUGUCGCUCUUGCAGACGCUCGCGGGGACGCUCGCCAACGUCGGGCAGUUCAACCAAAACGCCAUCAUGAUGCGCAUGACCGCCGCGGAGAUAAAGGCGGAAAUUUACAAGUUCCAGGGACUGGCGGGCGAGUACUCCGACCCGCCCGAUUACCAAGUGCAGUUUCCGAGGCUGAUGCAUCACCUCGCGGAGUUUCGACAGAAGGCGGUCGUCGCGCAGUUCCAAGCGCGCGGCGGGCAGGACGGCGGGAGUAAAAGAAAUAAAGAGGAAGCCGCGCGGAAGGAUCUGGACGCGAAGAUGGUCGCGGACGGGCACCGGGGGGUGUGA